AUGUCUCUUGACGAUAAAGUGGGCAUCCAGCAUUACGACCAGGAGCUAACCCUCCAUGACGAUCCCAAGAUUGUUGAAGCAGGCAUUCAAGAGUAUGUCGAGGGUACGCCAGAGGAGAUCAAGCUGGUGAGAAAGAUCGACCUGCAUCUCCUCCCGGUCUUGUGGGCCAUGUACGUCUUCAACUAUCUCGACCGAACCAACAUUGGUAAUGCAAAGGUUGGAGGUAUGGAAGAGGACCUCAAAUUGAGCUCUUCCGAUUACUCUCUGAUUCUCUCCAUCUUCUUCGUGGUUUAUUUGGUGUUCGAACCUCCUGCCGUUAUGGUCCUGGCCAGGACGAAGCCCAGUGUUUUCUUGCCGACCAUCAUGAUCGUGUGGGGAGCUGUCUCGGUUGCCGUCAAGGGUAUUGAUAACCUCGGGGGUAUGAUCGCUUUUCGCAUCGCUCUUGGUUUCCUCGAAGCCGGUUUCUUCCCUGGUGUCAUGCUCGUCCUGUCCUGUUGGUAUAAGCCCUCCGAGCUGUCGAAACGUAUUGCGAUCUUUUAUACCGGCACCAUCUUGGCCGGCGCUUUUGGUGGUCUGCUCGCAGGAGGCAUUAUCGAUGGAAUGGAAGGUGUCGGAGGUGUGCGCGGGUGGAAAUGGCUGUUCAUCAUUGAAGGUCUGGGAACAGUCGUCGUCGGUGUCGUUGCAUAUUCCCUCCUGCCAGAUUACCCUACCGAUACCAAGUGGCUUUCCGAGCAGGAGAGAAAGCUAGCCACCACUCGCUUGAUCAUCAGGGAGGAUCUGGACAAGAAGAUGCCUUACAGGAAGGCCAUACUCCUGUCCAUCAAGGACUGGAAGAUGUGGCUGUUCAUGCUCUCACUGAACACGAUCUUGGCUUCGGGUACGGUUUCGUACUUCUUCCCAACCCUCAUGGGAGCUUUGGGCUACAAGGGUCGCAUGGUGCAAUUCAUGACCGUGCCCAUCUACGCCGUCACUUUGGCUAUUACCCUGAUCACGGGUUAUUCAGCCGAUCACACCGGACAGAAAGCAUACCACGUCCUAGGUUGCUCCACCCUUGCCGUUGUCUCGUUCAUAAUUUGCGCAGCUAGCGCGCAUUUCCCCGUCCGCUAUGCUUUCAUCUGCUUCGGAUUCGCCGGGGUACAGAGCUGCGUGCCCUUGUUGAUUAGUUGGGAAGUCACCAUGUUCCCGGGUCGAGAGCGACGUGCCGUCUCAGUCCCCGUCAUCAAUGGUUUCGGUAACCUGGCCUCCGUGUAUGGGUCUUUCAUCUGGCCUGCCCAUGACGCCCCCCGAUAUAUUAUGGGCUUUGCCGUCAUGACCACCUUCAUGUUCAUUGCAGGUUCUACUGCUCUGGUCAUCAAGAAAAUCUGGGAUGACAAGGGGCUCGAGAGAAUCGACUACGACGCUCUGGAGAACAGUCAUCAGAAGUGA